CCAACCUUGUACAUGAGGCGAAAAGAAGAGAACUGCUGGGAGAUUCAGCUGAGCAGAGAGCUGUUGUCCAGCAAUGGCUGGAAUAUCGAUUGACCCGACUUGAUAACUGCUCUAAAGAUGAAGUCAAGAUUAUACUCAAGCCUCAAUUCUUCAUGGCAUGGAUUCCACAAGAUGUUGGAAACAUUCCGUUGAGAGUCCAUGUUGACAAAAUUGCAUCACAAAAUUACUGCAGGAGUGUACUUUCAUGCUGCGAAUCACCCAUAUCCCAAGGUGUUUUAUUGGAUUUAGAUCCUGUGAAUGGGAAGGCCACUGAAGAACAUUGUCAUGAACUCAUUGUCAUGUUCUUGAAUCCAGUUUAAGAUGACUUUUGCUUUGUGGCAUGGUGCAUUAUCACGCUGGAAGUAGCUAGUAGAAGAUGGGUAAAUUGUGGCUAUGAAGAGAUGUUCCUCAACAAUACUCAAAUAGGCUGUGGCAUUCAAGUGAUGAUUGGUAUUUCUGGUCCAAAAGUAUGCCAAGAAAACACUAUUACACCACCUCCACCAGCCUGGACUGUUGAUACAAGGUAGGUUGGGUCCAUGGAUUCAUGCUGUUGCUGUGAAAUUCUGACUCUACCAUCUGUGUGACUCAGCAGCAAUCAAGAUUCAUCAGACCAGGCUACAUUUUUCCAGUCUUCAACUGUCCAGUUUUGGUGAGUCUGUGCCCAAUGCAGCCUCAGAUUUCUGUUUUUGACUGACAGCAGUGGAACCUGAUGUGGUCUUUUGCUGUCGUAGCCCACCCGCUUCAAGGUUCAAUGUGUUUUGCAUUCUGAAAUGCAUUUCUGCUCACCGCAAUCAUACAGGGUGGUUGUCGGAGCUACUGUAGCCUUUGUGUCAUGCUCAAACCCGUCUGGCCAUUCUCCGUGACCUUUUUUCAACAUCAACUUUUCCAUCCGCAGAACUGCUGCUCACUGGAUGUUUUUUUUUUUUCUUUAUUGCAUUCUGAGUAAACUCUACAGCCCGUUUGUGUGAAAACCCCAGGAGAUUAGAAGUUAUAGACAUACUCAGUAGAGAUGUAUCAGCCAAUAAUCGGUAUCAGCCGAUAAAGGCAAAACACAUCGAAUUCGUGCUGUGUGUAAAGAAGAUGACUCUUGUUUCGAAUGACUUUGAAUUAGGUGACAAUGAAGACAAAUCUGCAGUUUGUAAGCUCUGCACUGCUAAAAUUUUACACCGCAUGCUACAGUAGAGCAUUUUUUGCAUGCAUGUUAAUGAAUGAGUUCUUUUACACCGGAUGCUGCAUCAGUGAAGCAGCAGUUUUGGCAUCGAGUACAAAAGAAAGAACCUAAAAAAGGUAUAUAUAUUUGACCAAAAAAAGGUAUAUAUUGCACAGAAAAAUAUAUUUGUAGAGUAGUAUGUUUCAUAUCCAGUUAAUGUUACCAGUUUGUUGUUCAGUGAUGAAGUAGAAAUGAUUUUGUUUGUGGUGAGUGAAUGUGAGCCUAACCAGAGGUUUUUUAGAAUUCAAUGUUAAUUUGAAAUAAUAACAUUCAGUAAAGAAAUCUUAAUUUAAUCUUCAGAAUUUAGUUAAUUUUAAUUUGAGUAAUGUGUUUUCUGUUUAUGAGACCAGUUACUGUGAAACAACUUGUUGAAAUAGAGUGAAUAAAGUUUUUAUUUGCAUUUCUUUCAGAAUUGUGUAAUUAAUUAUUAUUAAUUUAAAAGAAGGUAUACAAGGCAGAACCACCUAACUCACUCAGACAUAUGGUAUGUGAGAAAAAUGCACUUGAACUUAACCACACCCCCUGAGGUUGACCACACCACAGUACAAAUCCUCAGAAUCUAGCCCUAAAUACACCUUUCAAGUUUACCUUUCCAUUUUUACAUUUCAUUUACAUUUUCGGCAUUUGGCAGACGCCCUUAUCCAGAGCGACUUAAAUUUAUCUCGUUUAUACAGCUGAGCAAUUGAGGGUUAUGGGCCUUGGCAGUGCUUGGGUUUGAACUCCUGACCUUCUGAUCAGUAACCCAGAGCCUUUAACUACUGAGCCACCACUGCCCAAGUUUUGUGUAUAACCAAGUUUUGUGCAUAACCAUCUAAUAUAUCAUGUAUUAUAACUGUUUGAAUAAAUUAUCUGCCUUGGAAUGAUUUAUUGGUAGGCAGCAGUAUUACAAUAUGUCUGUCAUAUCUGUCAUGUCUGUCGUAUAUUACAAUAUACGAUCUGUCAGUGGCAAAAUUAUGCAAACCUCUAAGAUAAGCAGUUAAUUUGAAGGUGAAAUUAGAGUCAGAUGUUUUCAAUCAAUGGGAUGACAGUGUGGUAUGGUUUGUGUUAGUGACGCUUCUGUUUUAUUUAAAGAACAGGGAUCUAUUAAAGUCUGAUAUUCACAACACAUGUUUGUGGAAAUGUAUCAUGGCAUGAACAAAGGAGAUUUUUGAGGACCUGAGAAAAAGUUGUUACCCUCCCUAGGAGUGGUCGACUAACAAAUAUCACUCCAAGAGCAAGAUGUGUAAUAGUCCUCAAGGUCACGAAGGAACCCAGGUUAACUUCUAAGCAACUAAAGGCCUCUUUCACAUUGACUAAUGUCAAUGUGGUGGUUCAUGAGUCCACCAUCAGGAGAACACUGAACAAUAAUGGUGUAAUGAUGUGCAUGGCAGGGUUGCAAGGAGAAAUCCACUGCUCUCCGAAAAGAACAUUUCUGCACAUCUUCAGUUUGCUAAAGAUCACGUGGACAAGACAGAAGACUAUUGGAAAAAAGGUUUUGUGGACAGAUGAGACCAAAAUAGAACUUUGGUUUAGAGAAUCCUCAACCUACCAAAGAAUUGUUAAAGAAGAUUAAAUUUAAUGUUUUGGAAUGGCCAAUUCAAAGUCCUGACCUUAAUCCAAAAGAAAUGUUGUGGAAGGACUUAAAGCAAGCAGUUCAUGUGAGGAAAACCACCAACAUCCAAGAGUUGAAGCUGUUCUACACUGAGGAAUGAGCUAGAAUUCCUCCAAACCAAUGUGCAGGACUGAUCAACAGUUACAUGAAACAUUUAUUUGCAGUUAUUGCUGCACAGGGGGGUCAAACCAGAUACUGAAAGCAAAGGUUCACAUACCUUUUAAAUAAAUGACCAAGUAUAAUAUUUUUGUCUCAUUUGUUUAAUUGGGUUCUCUUUAUCUACUUUUAGGAAUUGUGUGAAAAUCUGAUGUUUUAAGUCAUAUUUAUGCAGAAAUGUAGAAAAUUCUAAAGGGUUCACAAUCUUUCAAGCACCACUGUAUGGUGGUCAUAUUGUUUGCAACAUGUUUUUGAUCAUUAUUGAGGUUCACACUCAAAUUACUGCUUAGUAAUUUGACAGCACAAUUGUGAAGAUGGGCCAAAAAUCCUGACUAGUUCACAAAAGUAGAUUCUGAAUAUUAUUAAUUGAUCACAAAUUUGGCAGAUAUACAGUUUAUAUUUCAGCAUGUCUUUGAGAAAUAUUAAGGUUCACACUUUGUGUGAACUGUUUGGUACCAAACUUGUGAAUAUAGGCCAAAAAUCCUAGAAAUAGUUUGCAAAAGUAGGUUUUGCAUAUAAUGCAAAUUAGCAAAAAUAAAUAAAUAAAUAAAAUUAAGUAGACAGAGCUAAAUGGUUCUUGAGGCUUUUUUAGUUUGGCAGAACUCAAGGAAUCAGGGGGAAAAGAAUCUUGAUUGUAGGACUCACAGGUUAUAUGAUGUUGAACAAAACGUAAAACCCUACACUAUAUCGCCACCAUUAGGCCACUUUGGCCCAUCUCACUUGCCUGUAUUGGGAGGGAGUACUAGCUUUUGAUUUACGGUUUGGUCUGCACAAUUUGUUUUAUGACAGAAAAGAAGAAGAAUCCUAACAAUUACAGUAGGGUGUUGAAAGCCUUCUUGUUUUCUGCCUUACAAUGAAUUGUGCAGACCAAACCUUCGGUGCUUGGACUCCAAAUAACAAAGGGUGGCCCCCUAAUUAGCUAUAUACGAUUUGUCAGCCCCCCUUUGCCCUGUCCAUUAAUGGAAAAGAACCACCACUUAGCAAAUAUUUUUUAUCAUUACCAUUCUCAGCACAGCAGUGGGUGUGGCACAUGUACAAGUGAUGUAAAUCACUUUAACAGACCAGGCCAUAAAUGCAUAACAAUGGUGUGUUCCUAAGAUACAGUUGCUCUUUUUGCUGGGAAAUUGCAUGGCCAUAUUCCUCACCAAACAUCAUUAAUAUACAAUACAACAUUUCAGAAUUUUGAGCAUGUUUACAUGUUCACUAAAGGCUAAUAUGGCAUCUAAACAGUGUAAAAAGAUUUAGACUUCACAAACUGACUCAGGAGCGUUUAAUUGCUGAUAUCACACACAUAGUCACAAAGUCUUCAGAAUCACAUUUAAAACUGUCAUAUAUGGACAGCAUGUGGUGAAGUUUGACAUUCACCUAGGAAGUACACAAUUCUCUAGGUACUAAGUGUUGCUGCUAGCAGUCAGUUUGCUCUAGCAGUGUUUGACUGCUCAGGGUGGAGCUGUGGUCAUCAACACUUAAUACUGUCACUUUAAACAGUAACAAGCGGCCGGUGGCGCGUACCCAGGGCUGCUCACUGUCUGUAACUGAGCAAGUCAACAGGAAUCAGAGAUCGCACAUCACAACACUGACAGACAUCAGAGCCUUCUUCAUGCCUAACUUCCCACUGAGCAGUCACUGACUCCAUUAGCCCUCAAGAUGCUAAACCAUACUGCAAAAAAGUGCAAAAUAUGGUCUUGUCCUUUGGGAUCUGCAUGCACAUGCCUCUAUAAACACACACUAUCAUCUGUCCACAUCUGUUUUUCAUUUAGGCUAAAAAGUAUGGCGAGGUUACAGUGUUAUUUCUUUAACAAGCAACAGUGGUACAUGGCUGCUUUCCCCAUAGAUUUAUUUUAUUGGUUUUUCAUUGGAUAGAUGUGUAAUUGAUAACAUAUAAUUGAUGGCAAAAAUAUUUCCAUUUUAGUUGUUGACAAACAAUUUAUCCUUAAAAGACAAAAGGAAAAAAAUGUUUGUUGUAAAAUAUUCCUGAUAAUUGCCAUUUCCAGCAUGUCACGUUACAAGAAACUCUGGACUCCACUUCCCAUCAGCCACUGCGCUGCACUAGCUGUCACAUGACCACCUGCACCUGAUUCACGUUUUGGUUAAUGAGCACUCGUGUAUAUAUAUAGUCCUGGUCUGCACUGUCUUAGACCGCUGUGUUCCAUGUUUCUUGAUCUUGUUAGUUUAUGUUUAGUUUUGCCACAGUAUUAUGCCAAGUUGUCUUAGACUCUCGUUGUUCAUGUCUCUGUGUUUUGUUUCGUGCCACAAUAGUUUUCCAAGUUGUCUUUGUGUCUUUGUUUUUUAGUACGUUUGUUUCAAUAAAUAUCAUUAUCUGCACUUGCUUCUGGCUCAACCUCGAUUCGCGACAGAACGAAAGACCAACUAUCAGAAGCAGCAGAUCCCCACGAUGGAUGCCUGGUUUGAAGCAUAUGUGGAGUGGUAUUUAGGACUGCUGGAGCAGGGAAGAAGGACAGAUGAACUGCUCGCGCAGAAUAACUGCAUGCUAGGCCUGCCGCAGCUGGACAGACCGUGCACCAGGCCACACCCGGCAUUCGUAAUGGAUUACGCCAGGACACGCCGACGGGAGGGGGAAUCUGUGGUCGGGGCUGAGACCAACUCCCACCCUCCCUCCCCUAUAAUGGCUCUCGAUCUGCAUUCCUGUUUAGCUGAGGACGUCGCUCUGCAUUCCUGUCCAUCUGAGGACGUAGCUCUACAUUCCUGUUCGGCUGAGGACGUCGCUCUGCCUUCCGGUUCGGCUGAGGACGUCGCUCUGCCUUCCGGUUCGGCUGAGGUCGUCGCUCUGCCUUCCUGCUCGGCUGAGGUCGUCGCUCUGCCUUCCUGCUCGGCUGAGGUCGUCGCUCUGCCUUCCUGCUCGGCUGAGGUCGUCGCUCUGCCUUCCUGCUCGGCUGAGGUCGUCGCUCUGCCUUCCUGCUCGGCUGAGGUCGUCGCUCUGCCUUCCUGCUCGGCUGAGGUCGUCGCUCUGCCUUCCUGCUCGGCUGAGGUCGUCGCUCUGCCUUCCUGCUCGGCUGAGGUCGUCGCUCUGUCUCCCUGCUCGGCUGAGGUCGUCGCUCUGUCUCCAUGUUUCGCUAAAGACGUCGCACCUUUUCUUUGCUUCGCUCAAUGUGUCGCUCCCCCUUCCUGCUCCACGGAGGACAUCGUUCCCCCCUCAUGCUCUGCGGAGAGCAUCGUUCCUCCCUUGGGCCUCGCGGAGAACUUCGCUCCUCUCCCUGGCCUCCCGGAGAACCUCGCUCCUCUCCCUGGCCUCCCGGAGAACCUCGCUCCCUCCUUGAGUCUCAUGGAGAACCUCGCUCCCAUCUCCUGUCCCGUGGAGGACGUCGCCCCGCUUUCAGGUUCUGCCGAGGACGUCGCCCCGUUUUCAUGCUCUGCUGAGGACGUCGCCCCGCCUUCAUGUUCAGCUGAGGAAGUAUCUCAGCCUCCCUGUGCCGUUGUGGAAGCCGCCCAGCCUCCUGGUUCUGCUGGGGACAUUUUUCCCAGGGGGCCAGGACCACCAGAUGGAGGACGUAUAAUUUUGGGCCCUCCGGGAGUAGCGCCCUUGGGGGAGGGUUCUGUCACGUAUCAAGAAACUCUGGACUCCACUUCCCAUCAGCCACUGCGCUGCACUAGCUGUCACAUGACCACCUGCACCUGAUUCACGUUUUGGUUAAUGAGCACUCGUGUAUAUAUAGUCCUGGUCUGCACUAUGUGCUUGUCUUUCGUUGUCUUAGACCGCUGUGUUCCAUGUUUCUUGAUCUUGUUAGUUUAUGUUUAGUUUUGCCACAGUAUUAUGCCAAGUUGUCUUAGACUCUCGUUGUUCAUGUCUCGGUGUUUUGUUUCGUGCCACAGUAGUUUUCCAAGUUGUCUUUGUGUCUUUGUUUUUUAGUACGUUUGUUUCAAUAAAUAUCAUUAUCUGCACUUGCUUCUGGCUCAACCUCGAUUCGUGACACAGCAACUAAUACAUUCACUAGACAUUGUUUUUUUUUUAAACCUAUCUUAUCAGCAAUGGCCUGAAUCAAUUUUGCUGUAAUUAUAAAAAGUCACCUACUUCCUUUUUUUCUUUUUCUUUUUUUUUCCUUCCUUUUUUUUAAUUAAUUAUUUUUUUUAUAAUAAUGUCUAAUAAUGUAUAAUCAUGCAACUCCUAGUGCAUACAAUUGAAUACCACAUUGAAUUCCUGUCUAUAAAUUCAUGUUUUAAGACAUUUUAUUCAGAUAUUCAAAUUUCAGUUAGGCCAGAAUGGAUGCAAGACUUAGGACUGGUUAUGUUUAUUAUGCAGUUGGGGAAUUCUUAAUUCUCUACAUUCCUAAAUAAUUGCCUCUGUACACCACCACAAUGGAUUUUAAAUGAGACAAUCAAGUUGUUAUUGAAGUGUAGACUUUCAGCUUUAAUUCAAGGAGUUUAACAAAAAUAUUGUAUGAACUGAUUAUGAAUUUCAGCCAUUUUUAAAGUCCCUCUAUUUUCACAGGUUCGAAAUUAAUUGGACAAAUUGACAAUCAUUAAUAUUAGGAUUAUUUUUAAUUCUUAGAUGCAUGAACAACAUCAACUGUAGUUGCUGCUUGUUUGUGGUAUAUAUAUAUAUAUGUCAUGUGAAUGAAUAAGUUGACAUUUGGAUAAGCAAACAUUUGAUCCUCUUUGAAACAGUGACAGUGCUUAUUAAUAAAGUUGAUGCACUAUCAAAUGACACACAAAAUUCGCAUUUUGUAGUAAUUUUUACAAUGUAAAUUAACAAAAAAUCUGAUCAGUCACAUGGAAAAAGUACACCCCUACAUUUAUCACACCUUCAAAUCCAUACAAUUAAAAUCAGGUGUUCAAGAUUGGGUGCCAGUGAUUAGAACCUGCUUAGGGAGUGCAGGUGGAACCUGUCUUGUUUAUAACCCUCUCAUAUCUAGUGUCUGGUGUUCUCUAUGUUAUUGAGGUGUGUGGUGUCAUCAUGCCAAGAUCUAAAGAGAUCUAUAAGGCCUUCAGAAAAAAGGUUGUGGAUGCAUGUGAGUCUGGCAAGGGAUUUAAAAAGAUCUCCAAAUUAUCUGAAAUACAUUAUUCCACUGUAAGGAAAAUAAUCUACAAGUGGUGCAGAUUUCAAACAACUGCCAAUUUGUCCAGGACUGGCUGUCCCAGCAAAUUCAGCCCAAGACCAGACUGUCUGAUGCAAAAAAAAGUCUCCAAGAAUCCCUAAAUUUCAUCACAGGAUCUGCUAAUAAGUCUGUUGGUGACAAAGUGCAUGCUUCUACAAUCAGAAAGGGGUUGCACAAAUUUGACCUGCAUGGGAGGCAUGCCAGGAAAAAGCCUUUGCAAGAAUACAGUUCAGUAAUGAUCAUAUAGCCACAAACCCGGCCUUUUGGAAUAAUGUCUGGACAGAUGAAUCAAAGAUAGAUUUGUUUGGCCACAGUAAAAGCAGACGUGUUUGGCACAGACCAGAGAAGCAUACUAACUUCAAUACCAACUGCAAUUGCAAUCAAGGAUAAAAAUGUUGCUCCAGGAAGCAGAAGCAUUAAAAAGCUCACUGUCGGAUGAAAGCAGGCCAUUAAACAUGAUAAUGACCAACCCCCCCCCCUAAUUAGCUGUACAAAUUUUAUGAAUUACAUUGAUAUUAGUUUCACACUUAGUGAAUACAAAUGUUUAGCUUCAAUAGAGGUCAAUAAAGGGUCCUGAUCCUUCAAAUUAUAUAAUGUGGAUGUGGGCAUUUAAAUAUAAAUUUGAUUCAAUAUGCAAGUUCAAAAGUACUACUGUCUUUCUU